AAUUCCUCUAGCUGGAAAAUCUCAAAAUCUGCGGGUAUACAUCACGUUUCCUGCCCAGAAAACCCCCGGCAUUAAUUAUUCUUGUGUUCUUUAACCGAACGGAUGGAUAACGCUGUCUGAAUCCUGUUUGUAAAUAAAUUAGAAGAACAGUAAGAUUAAAGUAGCAAGAACUCCUGCAGCAGGAUGGAGGAUUUAAAGAAGUAUAUCCGUGCCGUGAUGAUUUCGAAUACUCGCAAGCUAAUGACCGUAGAACAUCUGAUGGCAGAUUUCAAAUUAAUGGAGGGUGAGAACAUUCCGUACCAGCAAUUUGGUUUCAAAACGCUGGAAGAUUUGCUACGUGCGAUGCCGGACGUCCUGCAGGUCCAAGGCUACGGCCGGCAGGCAACCCUUAAGCCGAUUAUAACUCAGAAAAGCCAGUACAUGAGAGAACUGGUGGAGAAGAACAAGAGCACGCCCCAGGGUAAUUCGAACUGGAAUAAGCAAAAUAUUCCUGUACGAAGACAACCCAUGACCUGGGAAAAGCAUAACGAUUUCGGAAUGAAUAACAACGCAGUUCGUAGCGGAGAGCCGAAGAAAAACAAUUUCUAUCACAAUCCGGCAACAGAUAAAAAUGCUAGGAGGAUGAUCGAAAUGGUCGCAAAAAAUGUUGAACGCUUGACUAGCGAAGCGGCGGUAUACGCGAACAACGACCAAAUCUCAAAUGCGACUAACACCAUUAAGAAAGAAGUAUCGGAAAAGGAAAGUGAUGGGAAGUAUGAUGGAAGCAAACUGUUGCCGGUAUCCUUCACCAGUCCGACCGCUUCCUGCCAAAAGGAUACAACCGAGCGAAACGAAGAGUUCAUAGAUAAGAUAGAUAGUUUCGAGCCGCUGCUUCCAUUUGUAGAAAACGAAUCGCUGGUGCCUGCGAUAUGCCUAUCGCCCGUCAGCAACCUGCACGGGAUCUAUGUACAAUUGCAGCAAAAUACGGCAAAGCUGCACACGAUGUCGCUUCAAAUGGAGUCAAUUUACGGGAAACGCACCUGUACCGGCGAUAUGAAUGGUGCCAAACACAAGGAUAAGCAUAUUAGACUGGGAAAGUAUUGUUCGGUUAGGAAUAAUGAAGAUUGGUUCCGUGGGUUGGUCUUGAGUCGGCCUGACGGUGGAUUAGUUAAAGUAUAUUUCAUCGACUUUGGUGUAGUAAAUCUAAUCCCGAAGUCGAAUGUAUUCCAUCUACCGAACCAUUUUCGAUUCCCCAAACAAUUGGUCCGUGUGACCAUGGGCGACAUUCAACCGAUCGGCGACAGAUGGAGCGAAGGGGCGUUACGUUUUAUCAACCAAACCUUAGAGUGCAAAAGGAUACACUUGCUAAUAAGGGCUAUCGAUGCAAAGACCAACACUUUGGACGCUGUGCUGAUCGAUACGAGCGGACCUGAUGAUGUAAUUUUAAGCCGUGAGCUUGUACGACGACGAGAAGCGAUCUGGACAUGAUAAUUGCGCGGAACAAAUUUGUGACAAGAACAACAACAUUCAAAGUGUACAUUAUCUAGAUUUCUUUUUAUAUUUACAUACAACUACAAUUCCCAUAUUAUUUUACGAGGAGCAGCAUUAGGUAUGAUGGAUGCAUGCGUAUGCAUCACACAUCAAAAAAUAAAUAAAUGCUUCCAAUAAAGCGUCAUAAUGAA